GCGGCAAUGGAUUUCUGGCGUACGGCCCGGAGUUUCGCAGAGGAUGCGGCGAAGAAGUCGCAGGCGCUGACGCAGGGACUUGCUGCGGCGAAUCUUUCCAAUGUCGUAUUCGAGGCUUCCAAGCGAUCAAAGGAAUUGGCCGCUGAGGCGACCAAGAAGUCCAAGGAAUUCGCAGCCGAGGCUUUGAAGCGCGCCGAUGAGAUUGCGGUGCAGAUACCUCCUCCGGCGGCGGUGCUGAGCGAUCUCGUUGAUGUUCAGAAGAGCGAUGACGAGGCUGCUGCUGAUCCUGAGAAGUUUGGCGUCACGGAUGAGUUGAGGCAGUUUGUCCAAGGGAUUACGACCGAUACGUUUAGGAAUUUCCCUGUGGGAGAUGAUUCAGAGGUAGCUGAUAUUCCUACGGUGGCAAAUGUCCGGCAAGAUCUCACUGAAUGGCAAGAAAAGCAUGCCAAGCUUGUUGUAGCGACCGUGAAGGAAAUCUCAAAGCUAAGGUAUCAGUUAUGCCCUCGACUGAUGAAAGAAAGAACGUUCUGGAGGGUGUACUUCAAUCUCGUUAACAGUUAUGUUGCGCCUUACGAAAAGCGCUACAUGGAUGAGGUUAAGCUUCGGGAAGCUACAAAAGCUCAAGUCAAUAAAACAAAUGAAGUCUCAUCGAAUAUAAGAUUUGGAAAAGCAGAUGAGAAUUCGAAAACAUCAAGCAAUAACUUGAAGCCAAUCUCUUCCGACAAGGAUCUGGAUGUGUUUCUCCUCGGAGACUUUGAUGACAACGAUGACAGUCCAGAUGACGGCAGCUUCGACGACGAUUUCUACAAACUAUAGCUAAGCUCUCGACAAGAUUUGCAGCUGUGAAAACUUGGAUUGGGUGCAGAGUGUCCAUUCUGGUGAGUUUGAAACUAAUUGAAAUCUAUUUUGGGUGUAAAUUGGAAAUAGUGUGUGAAUGAGAUUAGGGGUCGAAAUAAAAUAAGUGGAAAGUCUAGGAUGGACUUGGACAAAUAUUCCUUUUCCGUGAUUACCUCUUAAUGACAGACAGACAGACAUUCAUUAGAUUUUGUUAUAUUUUUUUUAAUACAGAAUAUUGUACUUAUUCUAUCCGGUAUAAUUAUAU